AGAAUUCUCGCUUGUAACACUCCUUACCACAGCCGUGCGACGUAUCUCAUUCACUCGCCCUUCUUCAUUGUUCUUGCUCCUCUCGUCAUCCCAGUCAGCAGGAUUCAUCAUGGCCGCCUCCACCACGAAGUUUGCCCUCCUCGUCGUUGCUCUCGCCCUGCUCGCCUCUUACGCGAGCGCGGCGUGCGCCAUUGCCAACUGCCUGAACUGCUCGCUCGCGAACCCGAACCUGUGCCUUGUGUGCGCGGACGGCUACCGCCUGACCGGCAGCGGCAGCUGCGUCUCUCGGGUUGGGCCGAACGGUGCUCUUGCCCCGCAGUCGAUGGCGGUAGCUGCGGUGGUGGCGCUGUUCGCUGCGUUGACGUACGCGCUGUAG